AUGUCACGCUACAAUAGCGGUCGAUACGACCAGCUCUUUACCGAAGAGGAGGAGCAGGACACAAACUGUCGGCGCCGUAGUCCUUUCGACUACGAAGACGUAUCUAGUCUACAGAUGGUACCAUGCCGACGCUCUGAGACCUUUUCCGCCCAACGUCCCACUGAAUUCACUCGCUCUACUCGUCUUAACGAUGGCUUUGAUGAGGAUUCCCUGGGUUGCCAGAUGAGCCGCAUGAGCUUCAAUGAGCGCCCCCGCGGUGUCCAGCUCGAUCGACCAAGCCGGUUUUAUGAUCACGUUGCUUCGUACAACGAGCGUGCACGCCCUUCCUACGAAGAUGCAGAGGUAGAGUAUCUCCCUGAGCGCCGCGGACGCCACCGCGAGUUCGAUGUCUACGAAGCGCCUCGUCGUCGUGCUGUCUCUCCACGUCCAUCUACAGAGCGUACCCGCCCGCGUCGUCAGCGCAGCCCCGGUCCGUUCGCAGACACAUUCACUCGUUUCUCACAAGGCGAUGGCCGUGGAACACGCGUGCGUCAGCGCAGCACUAGGCACUCCUGCGCUGCACAGCACGGCCCAGACUGUCCUUACUGUUUCACGUCGAAGUACGAGGCCGACUGUGCUGCGCAGGAGUGGGAGCGCGGCGGCGCUGAUUGUGAGGUGGUUUGGGAUGAGCAUCUCAAUGGAUGCUGGGCAGUUGUUUUCUACGAUUGGUAG